CUGGAACUAGUAGUAGUUAGCCGCAAUAUAAAAAAGGUGGGUCAUAAUCCAAUUUCAGCAAUUCCAACCACUACUCGUCCUGCAUGCUGUCCAACUAAUGGGUUGUGGAGUGAAUGGACGACUAAUGAGAGUUGCACUGACACCUGUGGCUCAUGCGCUCAGCUAACGUACCGCCGUAAGUGCCAGUCAGAAGAAGCUGGAUGUCCAUGCACUGGAAGUGAUGUAAAAGUGGAGAACUGUAAUAUUGGCGUAUGCUACUACCCACGAUUGUCCUGUUGUGCUCCCUACACCUCCACGGUUAUUAAUGGACUGCACUCGUGUGGUCCACAGCCAAAUAUUACUGAGCCUCCUGCCGAUACAUCAUGUUGCCCAACAUAUGGCUUCUGGGCAGAAUGGGGAGAAUGGAGCGGUUGUAGUGGAGCUGGUUGUUUCAAGUGUGGUACCGCGACCAGAACUCGUGCAUGCGCUUCGGACUCUUAUGGCUGUUCCUGCAUAGGUGAAAGUACGGAAACUCAAAGUUGUGUAGUACUGGCAACUUGGAGCGAAUGGACGCGGAAAACGCGUACCUGCAAUGCUGAAAACGGAUGCAGUUGCAUAGGACCUGAUGAGAUGCAUACUGUAUGUAAUACGGCUCCAUGCUCAAACUCCACCACAAAAUGUUGCUCAGGAUUCAGUGAAAUGGACCAAAAUGGAGUGAAAAUCUGUGGACCACUGGUGGAACCGCCUGCACCACCCCCACUAACCAAGUGCGAGAAUGCAACAUGUUGUGUGAUUGGAGGUGUUUGGACAGAAUGGUCCAGUGGUGGCACUUGUUCGGACACUUGUGGAAAUUGUGGAACGACAACUCGUACAAGAGGCUGUAUAUCAGAACAAUUCGGAUGUCCUUGCUCGGGUCCUAGUACGAAGCAAUCUGAAUGUGCGCCAUCUCCGUGCAUCUACCCUCGUGAAUCGUGCUGUAGCAAUCGGACCGUAGAACAGGCACCAGAUAAACACUUCCAGUGUUCUAGAAAUGAUGACACCAGCCCGCCACCAUCAGACGUGUGCUGGACUUGUUGUCCGAGCUCUGGAGGCUACUGGUCCGAAUGGUCAGAGGGUGGAGCAUGUAGUGAUACUUGCGGUUCAUGUGGUCAAAUUACACAAUCACGAGUCUGUCUCACGGAGCAACAUAACUGCACGUGCAGGGGUCCUGCAACGAGACAGAAAAACUGCAACAUUGGAGUGUGCUACUUCCCGAGAGAUUCUUGCUGUUCGCCGUACUCAUCAACGGUUAUAGACGGAAAACACUCAUGUGGACCUCAGCCAAACUACACAACCCCUCUCGCUCCGAUUGAUCCAUACUGUAAUGGCACUUGUUGUCCUGAUAACGGACUAUGGUCGGAAUGGACACAAUCACCUUCACAAUGCACGGACUACUGUGGAUCAUGCGGAAAUAUUACGAAAACGAGAACCUGCUUGUCUGAAGCUGAUGGCUGUCCCUGCAAUGGACCUUCCACCUUUUCAACGCCUUGUAAUACCGAUGUGUGCUACUAUCCUCGCUUGUCGUGCUGCCCUGGUUAUGAAUCGACACUCAUCAACGGACGACAUACUUGCGGACCUUUGCCCGUACUCGAGGAGACGCCUUACAUCAACACCUGCGGAGUAGAUUGCUGCCCGACAAAAGGAAUAUGGGGUGAAUGGAGUGUUACAGUACCUUGUAACGACACAUGCGGCUCAUGUGGAACACAAGUCCGAUCUAGAAAAUGUUUAUCUCUGCAGUACGGUUGCGCCUGCGCAGGAGAUGCUGUUGAGAACCAAGUAUGCGGAACAUCAGUGUGUCUAUAUCCAAGACCCUCAUGUUGUCCCGGCUUUACAAAGAAAGCGGACACUGUCACAAAGCAGUUCUACUGUGGACCGCUUCCAGUGGUGCAACCAUUCAGUCCUGAACAGACCACGUGCUGUGAUCCGGAGAAGAAGGGGCUCUGGAAUGAAUGGACGGUAUGGACUACGUGUUCUGCAAAUUGCGGCCUCUGUGGUACUCAAUCGCGUAAUCGCACCUGCGCUUCAGCUCCAUAUGGUUGUCCGUGCACGGGAAGUACUACGGAGUCACGAGACUGCGGUCAAGCAGCCUGCACAACUGCUCCUGCAUGUUGUAAGGGUUACCCGGCGGUAGGCUACGACGGGGCUCAAUUCUGUCAACCCGAACCGCCUGUGCAAUGUCCUGGUACAUGGACAAGCUGGAUGCAGGAGGCGAGCGCUACAUGUAACGAUACUUGUGGAAUGUGCGGUGUCAUACCUUCCUACCGUUACUGCUGGCCUUCAGGAUGCCAGUGCACUGGACCAUUCAAAGCAAAUCAAGCAUGUGCACCUCCUGUCUGCACAUACCCUAGGGCGACUUGCUGUGCUCCGUACGUGAAGAAGAUCGUGAACAAACAGUUUGUAUGUGCGUAA